CUCCUAUGCACAGCCCUCACCGCAGGCCAGUUCAAGCCAAAGGAAGAGUGGACAUGUGUCCCCUGACAAAUCUUUCAGUGGUAAUGGUGCUACUACUGUCCUACCUUCUCGGCCUUGUUUCCUCUACUGAGGCGGACAAGGCCCUCACUCAGGAUACCAGCAGUACUGGGAGUCAAGGCCUGCUAGAAGUCCUAAGGGGCCUCUCUGUUGGUGCCAACCAGUCCCUCAACCAUCCACGAAGCCUCAUCAAAAUUCUGCUUGAGAAGACUGGGUGUCCACAGAGGACAAAUGGAAAGCAACGAGUCUGCAAGCUGUGCUUGGAGCCAGAUGAACUGUUACUCACGGCUGGAGGAGAUUUUGAGGAUGAGCUUAGAGAGGAAGAGGUCCAGAGAGUUUCUCUCCUCCUUCUCUAUUACAUCGUUCACCAGGAAGAGAUCUGUUCGUCAAAGUUCAACACGAGCAACAGAGAGUAUACAUUUUACCUUCAUAGCCUCCUGGGCCUCCGGCAGGAUGAAGACUCCCAUUUCCUUUCACAGAAGGAAACUGAAGACAUCUUGGCGCUCACCAGGGAGUACUUUGGCACUUCUGGUGGCCAGUGUAUGGACACCAAGACUCUACAGAGGCAAUCUGGCAUUCAGGGCAGCGAUGGUGCUGAUGAAGAGACACUUCCCCAGCUGGCUGCAGCCAUCCUUGCCCUGUCACUCCAAGGAGUUUGCCUGGGGAGAAGAGACUUGCCUUCCCCAGAUGACUUCACGAACUAUAUUUUCAGUUUCUUGAAUAGGACCAGUUCUCUCCACCUAUCCGAACUAGAACAACUCCUCAACACACUUUCAGCCAGAAUGGCCUGUGCCAAAAAGGAUUUCCUCCAUCAACACCAAAGGAGAGAAAACAUGACAAUACACAGUUGGGGAGAACCUAAGUCAACUAUAGCAAUGGAAAAAGAGUCUGAUGACCGUUCUGUUUCCUGGGAUCAGGCUUGCUUCUCUGCUAGGCAGCUGGUGGAGAUAUUUCUACAGAACCGUAGUAGUCCAUCUAUUUCUAAGGAGGACUUUAAGCAGCUAAGUCCAGGGAUUGUCCAGCAACUACUCAGCUGCUCUUGCCAAAUGCCCAAGGACCAGCAAGAAAAGCCCCCACCCACCACUCUGGAGAAAUAUGGCUACAGCACGGUGGCUGUGACAAUCCUGACGUUGGGCUCGAUGCUUGGGACGGCGCUGGUCCUUUUUCACAGCUGCGAGGAGAACUACGGCCUUGUUCUACAGCUGUUCGUGGGCUUGGCUGUGGGCACCCUCUCUGGGGAUGCCCUGCUCCACCUCAUCCCUCAGGUUCUUGGUUUACAUAAGAAGGAAGCCCUAGAUAUUGGACAUUUCCAUGAAAGCCAAGGUCCUAUUUGGAAACUGUUGGGAUUGCUUGGAGGCAUCCAUGGGUUUUUCUUGAUAGAAAAAUGUUUUCUCCUCCUUGUGUCACCAAAUACCAAGGGCCUGCCGUUGGUUAAUGGACAUGUGGGGCAUGCCCACCAUCUUGCACUCAACCCUGAAUUAAAUGACCCGUCAAGUGGAGGCAAGUCUAUAUCGACCAUCCAGCUGAAAGGCCCAGAAGAUUCACAGACAGCUGAGCUACCCAUUGGUGAUGUGCCAACCUCCAACAGAAAACGCAAAACUGUCAGCUUAUUGGCAAUCAUGAUACUGGUUGGGGACAGCCUGCACAAUUUUGCAGAUGGCCUAGUAAUAGGGACAGCCUUCUCCUCUUCAUUGGAGUCAGGAAUAACCACAACAAUUGCUAUUUUGUGUCAUGAAAUUCCACAUGAAAUGGGAGACUUCGCUGUACUCUUAAGCUCGGGACUCUCCAUCAGGACUGCCAUCCUAAUGAACUUUCUAAGUGCCCUGACCGCCUUCAUAGGACUGUACAUCGGUCUCUCCGUGUCUGCUGAUCCAUGUGUCCAAGACUGGAUCUUAACAGUGACUGCUGGAAUGUUCUUAUAUUUAUCCUUGGUGGGGAUGGUGGAUGCAGUUUUCCUAGCACCAUUUGUUAGAGAGGCCAUCUUUUUUCUAUUUAUUUUUGGCAUCACUGUUGAAAAUUAUCUUCCUGAAAUGACUCAUGUUCAAACACAACGACCCUGGAUGACGUUUCUGCUGCAGAACGUUGGAUUGAUCCUAGGCUGGCUUUCUCUUUUGCUCUUAGCUGCGUAUGAACAGAAUAUUAGAAUAUAA